CGCAUUGAACAAAUUUAGUCGUGCAAUGACUACUGGUGGCACACUAGUGUGUACACCAAAGCCUCAGACUGUCUUACUUGAGUGUUGUCGGCAAAGACUGCAAAUAUUACACUUAACUUAUUAAUACAACUACAACAUAUUGAGUUUAAUAAAUAGAAGAACGCGUGUCAUAAAGGGUUAUCGUCUUGCCGAGUGUCGUUUCUCUGUUUAUCGGUUCGUCGCAUAAAUAAUAAGACAUAUUUGCUCACACGCAACUGUCUCUGAAGUCUGCGUCGAUUUAGAACACCGAGCAACCUUCACCUUGAAUUAAUUUGCAAGUGUGAGCUAUGAUGAACGGCAAAAGGUUUGCCUUUACUCAGCAUUUCUAUAAGAGUGUGCUCAGCCCAUCGCGCAGGCAGCGUUCUCUCAUUUGGCUCCGACGUUUAUCUGUGGAACCGCCAGCAACUGUGAAGGGGCACAACUCUCACCCCGCCCACUUACAUUAUAUUGGCAAGCAUCCUUUGGUAUAUCGCAGUGUUGGCCAGGAAUUGGAACGUGCUGCUGCCGAAUAUGGUGAACGUGCUGCUGCCGAAUAUGGCAGUGCGGAGUCCAUUGUUUCGUGUCACGAACAAAAGCGCUACACAUUCCGCAGUCUCAUUGAGGAUGUCGAUCGUGUUGCCGCCGGCCUAUUGAAACUCGGUCUGCAGCAAGGCGAUCAUGUGGGCAUUUGGGCACCCAAUAACAUGCAUUGGUAUCUGACAAUGUUGGGAGCAGCACGUGCCGGUUUGGUGUCAGUAGGCAUAAAUCCCGCCUUUCAAGGGCCCGAAGUUGAAUACUGUCUGAAGAAGGUCAAAGUGAAGGCACUAAUAAUGCCGGAGAGCUUUAAGACGCAAAACUACUAUGAAAUCAUGAAAGGUAUUUGUCCGGAAUUACCGGAUAAUGUUGAUGGCCGCAUUAAGAGUGCCAACUUACCACAUCUAAAGUACGUCGUUGUGGACAGCCCGAAUAAACUGAAAGGCGCACUUACUUUCGACGAUUUACUCGAUUUGAGCAACCCAGGUGAACGUGAGGCUAUCAUACAGCUGCAACAUCAUAUUAUGCCAGAUAGUGGUUGCAAUAUACAGUUCACCUCUGGCACCACGGGAAAACCGAAGGCCGCGGUCCUAUCACAUUACAAUUUCGUUAAUAACGGCAUACAUAUCGGCAAUCGUAACCAAUUCGACGUUAGCUCUCGCAUCUGCGUUCAAGUUCCGCUUUUUCACGUCUAUGGCGUGGUCAUAACUAUAAUGUCUGCGAUGACACAUGGCAGCACCUUGGUGCUACCGGCAGCCGGGUUCAGUCCAGCCGACUCGUUACACGCCAUUGUCAAUGAGAAAUGCACCGUUAUACAUGGCACACCCACCAUGUACGUUGAUCUUAUCAAGAAGCAGCGAGAACUAAAACUUCCGUUAGAGACUGCGAAAAUGGCCGUCACUGGGGGAGCGCCGUGCUCGCCUCAACUUUUCUUAGAUAUUAAAAAUAUUUUGGGCCUGGAUCAUGUGCGUACCGUUUAUGGCUUGACCGAAACCACAGCAGUAAUAUUUCAGUCCAAACCGGGCGAUAAAAGUGAACAGAUUUUGAACACCGUAGGGCAUUUGCUUGAACACAUUGAAGUCAAAGUUGUCGAUGCUGAAGGCCAUAUAGUGCAGUUCGGCGAACCAGGCGAGCUCUAUGUGCGCGGCUAUGCCACAAUGUUGGAAUACUAUGACGAUGCGGAGAAAACAAAAGAAACCAUUGGCAACGACAAGUGGCUAAAAACCGGUGACCAAUUCAUUUUGCAAGCAGACGGCUAUGGCCGUAUUGUUGGGCGCUUGAAGGAGAUGAUCAUACGCGGUGGAGAAAAUCUGUUUCCCAAGGAAAUUGAAGACUUUCUCAACUCACAUCCGAAAAUCAUUGAAGCGCAUGUCAUCGGCGUGCCAGAUGAACGGUUAGGUGAGGAGUGUUGCGCCUUCGUGCGUUUGCAAGAUGGCGUAGUGACCAUUACACACAAUGAAGUGAAGGAAUUCGCCAAAGGAAAGUUGGCACACUUCAAAGUGCCUCGUUACAUAAUACCGAUCGAUCAAUUUCCUAGAACUGCUUCGGGUAAAAUACAAAAGUUCAAGCUCGCCGAGGCUUACAAAGAAAUGCAAAAAUAAAAUCAGUAGUUCAUAUUUAGAAAUUUAGUCGAGACUCGCACUAAUUGUAUAUGCCUCCGAAAAUGAAGAAAAGUAUUUAACUAAAUGGAUAAUCACCCAUAAUUUAAUAAAAUAUUUACUAAUUAUUUCAUAAUAA